AUGUAUGACGCUGUCCAGCGAACGUACACUUGUUGGUCUGGUUCAAUCGACUGCGGCUUGGUGAAGUUCAACCCUUUACAUGAGGCCCUCCCUGGAUCUUGA